CGGCUCGGUCCCUCGCCCGCCGCCCGCCUUCGCCCGCCAUGGCCCGCCUGAACGGAGAGCGAGGCGCGCCGGCAGCAGCAGCAGCUCCUGCAGCCUCGUCCCUCGCCUGUGGGCAGCAGUGGGCCCGAGCCCCCCGGGGGGCAGCCCGACGGCAUGAAGGACCUGGACGCCAUCAAGCUCUUCGUUGGCCAGAUCCCACGCAACCUGGACGAGAAGGACCUUAAGCCGCUCUUCGAGCAGUUCGGCCGCAUCUAUGAGCUCACGGUGCUCAAAGACCCCUACACGGGCAUGCACAAAGGCUGUGCCUUUCUCACCUACUGUGCCAGGGACUCUGCCAUCAAAGCUCAGACUGCCCUGCACGAACAGAAGACCUUGCCUGGGAUGGCACGGCCAAUCCAGGUGAAGCCUGCGGACAGCGAAAGCCGCGGAGGGGAUCGGAAGCUGUUUGUAGGGAUGCUGAACAAGCAGCAGUCGGAGGAGGACGUGCUACGACUGUUCCAGCCCUUCGGGGUCAUCGACGAAUGCACGGUGCUCCGGGGACCUGAUGGCAGCAGCAAAGGCUGUGCCUUCGUGAAGUUCUCCUCCCACACGGAGGCUCAGGCGGCCAUCCACGCCCUGCAUGGCAGCCAGACCAUGCCGGGUGCCUCCUCCAGCCUAGUGGUCAAGUUUGCUGACACAGACAAGGAGAGAACACUGCGACGCAUGCAGCAGAUGGUGGGCCAGCUGGGCAUCCUGACGCCGUCCCUUACCCUGCCCUUCAGCCCCUACAGCGCCUACGCCCAGGCUCUCAUGCAGCAGCAGACAACAGUCCUGUCCACCUCGGGCAGCUACCUGAGCCCUGGCGUGGCCUUCUCACCCUGCCACAUCCAGCAGAUUGGCGCCGUCAGCCUUAAUGGGCUGCCUGCCACACCCAUCACCCCUGCCUCUGGACUGCACUCGCCCCCACUGCUCAGCACUGCGGCUGUGCCCGGCCUCGUGGCUCCCAUCACCAAUGGCUUUGCAGGUGUUGUGCCCUUCCCUGGUGGGCACCCCGCCCUAGAGACUGUAUAUGCCAAUGGCCUUGUGCCCUACCCAGCUCAGAGCCCGACCAUGGCCGAGACCCUCCAUCCUGCCUUCUCCGGAGUCCAACAGUAUACAGCCAUGUAUCCCACAGCGGCCAUCACGCCCAUCGCGCACAGCGUCCCCCAGCCGCCGCCCCUCCUGCAGCAGCAGCAGCAGCGAGAAGGUCCCGAAGGCUGUAACCUGUUUAUCUACCACCUCCCCCAGGAGUUUGGAGACACGGAGCUGACGCAGAUGUUCCUGCCCUUCGGCAAUAUCAUCUCCUCCAAGGUGUUUAUGGAUCGGGCCACCAACCAGAGCAAAUGUUUUGGCUUCGUGAGCUUUGACAACCCAGCCAGCGCACAGACUGCCAUCCAGGCCAUGAAUGGCUUUCAGAUCGGCAUGAAGAGGCUGAAGGUGCAGCUGAAACGGCCCAGAGACCCAGGACACCCCUACUGACUGCCCACAGCCACCCAGGCUGCGGGCUUGGCCCAGGUGAGCCGCCAGGCGGCCCCACCCGUCCCAACCCUGUCCUCCCCAUCUUGUCUGCACCCUUUCCCAUUCUCCAAACCCUCCCCAGGCCGGGGGGUGCUGCAAGAGGCUACAGGAGCCCCCAGGUUGGAUUGGUGGGGGCAGUUGAAUGAAGAUACCCACUUCUUGCCGUGGACGGGAGGGUGGGAUUGGGGUGGGGAGGUGGAGGAAGCCAGUGCUCACCAAGGGUGUUUAGGGAAUCCUUUCUGGAAAAGGCUUUGAAGGACGAAUACAAGUUUGUCUGAGGGGUCAGGUGUGGUCUGGGGUGGGGCGUGUUGUGGGGAGGGCUUUUGUCCUGUCCUGUGACUCUCCCAGCUGGGCCCUUCUCAUAGCUCCUUAUUUGGUAUCAUUUAUCCCAGUGGGUUGAUAGGAAAGUGUGAUUUUGCCUCUCCCACUGGCAUGACAGGAAAAAAAUGUCCUCCCAAACAAACAAAUCCCCAAGAGUGUAUUUUGCCAUCAGAGUGAACAACUUUAUCAACAACUAAUCGCCUUCUUUGAGGAACGAACAGUGAGCCUAAGGGGCCAAUGAGGAAACUACUGACCUCAAGCCUCCACGAGCCUCAUCUGUGAAAUGGGCUCAUAAAAGCCACCUCCCUCAGAGGCAGCAGGGAGGACUCACACAGGGAACAUGGUAUUUUCCCAGCUGAGCCCAAGACCUAUCACCUGGAAAGCUCUCGAUAAUUCCUUUUGGGUUUUUUUCUAUCUUAAUCACCAGUGCCGUCGUCAUCAGAGAGCCUCGCCUGGGGUCUGGCGCAAAGUAGGUGCUCAGUUGGGGGCUGGUGGUACUUUUCAAACCUUGUCAGGUCAGCACCCACAGAUCUGAGGGUGUGCAGUCAGAGUCCUACGUCUUGGAACACAUUUGGAAGUCCGCCACCUGAAAGCCAACUCACAGGCGAUCCACACACUUUUAACACGCUGAGACAGCACAUCCUUCCUGAGCACCUACUAUGUGCUAGGCACUGUUUCCAGCACUUGGGGAUACAGCUGUGAAUGAACAGAAAUGGAGUGGAUGGGGUUGGGGGGGAACGGAGGGGGAGAAACUGCCUUCCUGGAGCUUCAGUGGCAGGCAGCAGGGGAGAGGAGACUCAAACAGGAAUGUUUGUCCCCAAUUGCCAGUUGAGGACACAGGCUUUGUGACCCUAAAUCCAUUCCAAGCCGGGUGUGUCAGCCUCCAAACCCCCAAAUGGAUUCUUUCCGAAAAGAUUAGGGGCUUUGGGGUCCCAGACCCCAGAGCAGUGGGGUGGGUGGGAGGUGAGGUCGUCUGCCUGUGUGCCCCCCUCGGCGCUCCCUAACGCCCCUCCCUUCUCCGCCAGGUGAGGGGCCUUCCCAUCCCAGGAGGGUUUCCCGCUUCCAACCGACCCAGGACUUUUCCGUAAAUUACAACCAAGUUUGGACACCAGCCCUCCCUCUCCUCUCCUGUCUCCCCUUGGCCCCUUCCCCAAAAUGUGAACUGCUACCGAAGGGGGUAAGGGGUGGGGGAGCUCCUGAGUUGGGGGCCAAAGGGUUGACUGCCCCCUCCUGGGAGAUUUCCUCGCUCCCCCCCACACACAACCUUGGUGGCUUCUCCAAACUAAAUCACAACUUUUCCUAUAUAUAUAUAUAUGCAUAUAUAUAUAGAGCUAUAGACAGUAUAUAUAUUUUUUGAGUAUAGAUCAUGGGACCAAACUUUUCCGACUUCCUUCCAUCCAAGAGAAGGUGACCCUGGGUGGGUCACUCAGCAGGGACAUAAGAAGGGCUGAGGCUGGUCAGGCAGCCCGGUGUCUCCCCACCUCCUGGCUGUCGUGUCAGACCAGGGCGUGGGAAAAGCACUGGGAGUCAUCAGCCAACCAAUAUACCUCCAGGACUUUGGCCGUCGAUUCUCGUGGGCCUAUGGGCUCAGCCGGCUUGAGUGUCCCUGCUCCUAGCUGCAGCUUCCAGAACUACCCCCCACCCCCCUCCCUCGUCCCAGGGCCUUGCCUUCCCAGGCACAAAAGAGACCCCCUGGCCUCCCCCAGCCCUUCCCCCCCAGUCAUAGCCUUACUCAUGUGACCAAUAGCCCUUAGCUUUCCGUCGGGGGCAGACAGGGUGGGGGAGCCCCCACCCCUCGCACCCCCUCCCAAGGGCAGGCAGCCAAUCCUCCCUGCCUUCGGAUCACCAGCCUGGAAUUCACGAUCUCAUGACCAAGAUCGCCACGCUCGUUGGACAAGCCCAACCUGCACUGGCCAAGCACCCCUUUGCCGAAGAUACCUCUUCAAAGAAUUUUUUUUUUUUAAUGUUGGUCUUUCUGAGCAGGUACAAGAAGAAAAGAGAAAAAAAUGGGGAAAAAAAACAAACGAUAAUGGAUUUUUGUUUCCUAGCUGGGGCGGGGAGGGAGACCUUGUGGGGUGUCUCUGUAUAGCUACCCAAACCAUGAAAACCCACCUUGAAGCACAGAGUCAAGUUCAUUUGGACGUCCAGUGGGGCCUCUCGCCAAAUGAGGCACCAAAGAACUUAAUAAGCUAAAGAAAAAAAUUUUUAAAGAAAAAAAAACAACCACAGCAUUCCCUUUUGUUUCUACCAAAAUGUGUUGACCAACCCAGAAAAAAAGAAGAAAAAAAAAAACUCAUAGCAAAAAAAAAAAAAAAAGGAAAAGAAAAAAAAAAAAA